AUGACAGACGAUAACAUUGACAAGGAACUCGAGAAAAUGCUUGCCCUCGAAAGGGACGAGGAUGCUCGUGUAGCAACCCUUCAGUCUCAGGUGACGAUGCUAAUGGAACAAGUCCAAGCUCUCACACAACAGGCAGCCCAGGUGAGAUCCUCUACAUCUAUAGUACAAAAAGAGGUACAGGCGCUGCAAUCACUCCCAGAAAGGCUGCAGGAAAGCCUGUGGAGUGGUAAUAACACACGCGCAACAGAGAAGAACCGUGAAGAAGUAACCAAAUUGAUUUCGGAGCUUUUAUCUAGUAGCUGCGAACUCAUAAAUAAAGAAGUUUCCAAAAUGGAUCAACUGAUAGUCCAAAUUUUGCAAUGGAAGGACUACAGUUGGAAACAAAUAAUAGCUGAGCAAAAAGAAUUCUACGCGCAAGCGCAACAUGAUGAUCAGUGUAUGCGAGAAUUAGCGCGUUUGCUCCAGGUGGCUUCAACAGAAGUCGUCAACGCAGUAAAAAACUGUUUCGUCAAACGUAGUGGCGGCGAUACAACUAGAGUAAAUAGUAGAAACUAUACUAGGAACGCUCAAGCUUACGAGCUGCCUGACGACUAUGAUAAACCACUGUUUCAGAGAGAACAACCAAUGGAGUUCGACAGUCCGGGUACGGACACCGCCACCGACUUCAGGAAAGCCAUAGAACAAGUGCGAGAGGGUCGCCACACGCAUACGGCUGAGCUCGCAAGCUUCAACCUCGCGGACGCUGAGCGAGGUCAGUUCUACUCUAUAAACACAAACAGUUAUAAGAACUGUACCCCGGUAUCACAAGAGAACAACUUCAAAAUUGCUAACGAUAUAGCAUUGCAGCCACUCGAAUGCAGAAACAAGCCAACGACCGCAGCACCGACUCAGAUCAGUCAAGGUGUGUUUCCCUCUCAAUUCCAGCCAGAAUUGAAUGUAGGAGCAACUUUAGCGGCUAUGGCGUUACCGGAGGUGCCACUUUUCUCUCAUCCCCAAGGAAAGGGAUUCGAAAACUUUGUAACCUCAUUUUACAUGAAGUAUGGUAGACUAGGGUUACAAGACAAUAUGCUAAUCCACUUGAUGUGUUCAAAGUUACAAGGAUACCCAAGAGCGGUAAUGGAAACUCUACCCCGCAACGAUCGGGAAUCCAGUUACGCUAAUUUCGUAGAAGCUUUACGAGCUAAAUUGAAAGAAAAUGACGUUGCUCGACGUACAGAGGCAUACAUAAAGCUAAAACAGCUUCGAAAACGCUCUUCCGUGACAGACUACUGUGUCGAACUAGAAGAACUAACUCAAAGGGUGUACCAAGAUGCAAGUGACAAAGAGCUGUCCAUGAUCCGCGCAGGUGAGCUCAUAACACAGCUUACGGAAUGGAAGGAAUACAUACAGCUCUUCAGUACUUUAGAGCAGUCAAGACAAGAAGAAGCUUAUGAAAAGCUCAAAAGUCUAGCGCAGUGUAUUGAACGAAGCCGUCAAGUAGCUAACGCAGUGCGAUUCUGUAAUAAAACGAAAUAUGACAAUCGUCCGACUGCUAGGCAGUUCGAAAACGAGGAAAAAGUUGUUUCGGAGAGAGAUUGCUGGAAGGCUCAGGCCUGUCAGAAAAAGAAAGAGCAGCCUCUCGAACAAGCGCCGCCGCCCAGCAAAUCCGAACCUGUGAAAGUGCAUCCUUCAAGUCACGGUCAAAGAAAAGAAACCACAGAGGCGCAGAUGUUUACUACCACCUUGAGUCGUUGGAACUGCAAGGAAAUUCAAGCCAAAUCGUCAGCAUACAGUGAGCUCUUUGGCAAGCAAACUAUCGCCAAGGUUGAUCUUUUAGGCAUGUCAAAACUUGCACUGUUGGAUACAGGAUCUCAAAUCAGCAUCAUGCCACUUAGUAUACUGCUUGAAGCGCAACAAGCAGGAUUCGACAUUGAUAGUGAUGUAGAAGAGGUGCCUGUACCAAAUAAAAAAGCAAUCUACGACGCCUCAGGAAACGAAAUGGAUUUCAAAGGCGCAAUACGCCUCACAGUGAAGACGAAAAAUAUACCAUCUCAAAAAGUGGCGAUGUUCGUUAGAAAAUCGGACGAUAACAUGAUAGUCUUCGGAACAAAUGCGCUAAAGCAGUUCAACCUGGCACUGAAAGGAAAUCACAGCCGACAAAAAGUCAUCCAGUCGAAGAAAUCUCAAACUCCUCAGCAAAGCCACAAGAACAAAGAAGAAGGGCGGAAAACGGACGAAAUCGACGCACGCCCAGCCGUUGUAGUUAGACGGGUAUAUAUUCCGCCUGGAGAAACGAAAUCGGUUGCCAUAUCCAUACCAGAAAUUAAUCAAGACCAGAUUCUGUGGUCUGACUGCGAUGUAAUUCCAGACACUGUUUGUCAUUACAGCAGACCAGUAGUGGAAAUACCAGUGACCAACACCCUACACCAAGCCAAAAUAUUUCGUGUAGGAGAAAAAGUAGGUAACUGGGACACAGAGACAGUUGUGGAGCAACCAGCUGCGGAGUACACAAAUAUGCUGGAGCGUACUUGUAGCGAUGUCGUCGAACGUGAACGACAUCUUUUGGAAUUACUUUGCCAUGGAAAGCGAAGCAUAGAGAGCGAAGAACCGCUGAGGAAAUUGGUGACA